AUGGCACCUUUAACAGAUGCGUCCGUCGAUGACCUCAAGAGCACCGUCACCAGCCUUGAGAAGCGCAUCGCUGACCUGGAAAAGAGACUCGCUGGUCAGAAUGGGGGUGCGCCUGCGUCUGCGGAGAGCGUCAGGAUGAUCUUGAUGGGCCCGCCCGGUGCUGGCAAGGGUACUCAAGCGCCCAAGAUCAAGGAGAAGUUCUGCGCUUGCCAUCUUGCUACCGGAGACAUGCUGCGCGCGCAAGUCGCGGCAAAGACUGCGCUCGGCCGGGAAGCAAAGAAGAUCAUGGACGCGGGUGGUCUGGUUAGCGACGAGAUCAUGAUCAACAUGAUCAAGACGGAGCUCGAGAACAACGCCGAGUGCUCCAAGGGAUUCAUCCUCGACGGCUUCCCCCGCACAGUAACGCAAGCCGAGAAGCUCGACGGCAUGCUCAGCAUAACCAAGAAGCCCCUCCAACACGCCGUAGAACUGCAAAUUGACGACGGCCUCCUCGUCUCGCGCAUCACCGGCCGCCUCGUGCACCCCGCCUCCGGCCGCUCCUACCACAAGAUCUUCAACCCGCCCAAGGCGCCCAUGACGGACGACGUAACGGGCGAGCCGCUCAUCCAGCGCUCCGACGACAACGAGGACACGCUUAAGAAGCGCCUGUCAACAUACCAUGCCCAGACUGCUCCGGUCGUCGCAUACUACCAGAAGACGGGUAUCUGGAAGCCAGUCGAUGCGAGCCAAGAGCCUGGCCAGGUGUGGAAGAGUCUGCUUAAGAUUUUCGACGAUAAGGCUAUGGUUGCUGGACGGACGGGUAGUCUGCUCAACAAGGUCGGGCUUAAGAACUAG